GCUAAUGAGAAAUCAAAGAGGAUUCCUCUUCCCCGUUCGAACGAAGAAGAGAGGCGCAGCGACGGCACCCCUCCCGGCGGUUCUCUGCUCCUCCGACCUUUCUCUCUUCUCCCUUUCCUUUCUUCUUUUUCUUCCACAGAUUUCCGCCCCCUCCUCCCCUUCCAUUGUCGCUUCAACCGAACUGCCGCUGCAAAUCCUAGCAGCGGGGGCAUUCUUCAUCACAUCUCUCUCAUUUUCUCUUUCCCCCCAUAGUUCUUUCUAAUCACUCGAACCUACCCGAAAUACUGUUCAUCAUAGAUAGAGCAGAAACGAACGGAGCUUGACGGCAACAGAAACCGGAGACCUUUGCAGUGGUGUCAUCUCCAGCGUCGUCCUCACGAAAUCCGGCUGCCGCUCCUUCUCUCUCACUCCUUCCUUCUGUACACUCUCUCUCUGUACCCUUCCUCUGUAUCGCCGAACGACACCUCUGGCCUGCUUCCCACCACUACCAUUCACGGCACCCGUUCCGGUCGUCAGUCACCGCACCCGCACCAUCUUCUUCGUUCCGAUCAUAAUUUCUAUGUGAAUAAAAGGAUCUACGGCCUCUACCAUUAAAAGCUUUACUCGCAGCUGACGGGAGAAACUCACUCGCAUCAUCUUCUUGGCGUCCUCCCCGUGGUAUUAAGCAUUCACCAUUGUUGCUCAAGGAUAAAUCAUCCGUUAGGAAGCUCUUCUGAAGUCAGGCCAACAUCCAACCAGAACCCAAAGUCCUAAACCGCGGCGACAAACUUGAGUGUUGAUCAACUGGAGCAUUAUCUCUUGCAAUCGAAUCUGGUGUACCACUUAACCAUCGUCAUCGAGAAGUAACACAGGCAGAAAUCCCAGCUCAGGGAGUUAAGGAAUUCUAGGGUUUUAAGCAAGGCCUAUUUGAGUGCAUGAACAAUAAUGUCAGAUAACUGCGUGAUGGAGUUUGGUGAAGAUGCUCGCAAAGACAAUCAUGGCAAAAGAAAGGUUGGAGAGAGGAUUGAAAAUGGUUGCUAUCACGAACCUGCAACAGCUGCUAAGAGAAUACAUCUAUCUUUCAUGAAGCCAUCCUAUCCCCAGCCCUUAUACAAUGUACGAAUGGAACAUCGUAUUAGACUAAGCCAUUUUCUUCUGAAGCUUUUAAGACAACACCAAUGGAAAGAAGCAUCUGGCAUCUUGAGCGUACUAAUGAAAGGGACACUAAAUGAGAGGUCUCCAAUGAAGAAUCGAAUGAAGUACACGGUUGCAAUGGAGCUUCUUAAUCAGAUGUCUGGGUAUCAUAUCAAACUAUCAAAGAUCAAGCAUAUCUAUGAUAUUUGGAUUAGAAAGAAUGGGUCAAUGAAGAAUUUGCCAGCAAAGGAUAGAUGCGUGAAUCAAUUGGAAUUUGUCCUUUUAUGUCUUACAAAAAGGAACACUGAAGAAGCACAUCAAGCUAUGAUGUGCCUCAUGCAGGAAAAUGAAUAUGGUAGUGACCCAAUUUUAAAUUUGAUGAUUGGGUUGAUCUUUUAUGAACUUUGGUAUUCUUCUAUCCCAGAAGAUAUGAAGCUGAAAACCUCUGACAUUCCUGAGCCACCUACGCCAGCGGAGAUGUCUGUGGGGAGGUCCAUCAGCCUGCUUGAAAACACAGAUGGUCAUAAAGGAAUUGAUAAUCAUGAAAUGGAUUCUCCUUUUCAACGUAAUUCAGAAACCUCUAUUAGAAAUGAUAAAGAGGUUCCUGUAAAUGGGAAUGGUUACCGGCAAAAAGAAAAACUCUAUCAGAAUAUUCAGCCAUGGGGUUUCUACAUGCAGGAGUCUGCUGAAGCUAGUGGAAAUGAACCACCUUUUAUCGAUCAUGGUGACAACUUGAUAUAUGCAUCCAUUUUUUCUGUACAAGGGUUGGAUGCAUGUAUAUUACCUCUAAGGCUUCCAACUUGGAAGAAUAAUUUGGAUGAAUCAAUUCAUUUGUAUAUGGGAAUGCUUAAUGACAAUUACAAUAAUGCUAUGGAGCACUUAAAGCAUGCGUUAUGUUCAACUCCUCCAGUAAUGGCAGCUUUACUUCCUUUGAUACAGUUAUUGCUACUUGGAAAUCGCAUUGGGGAGGCACUGGGGGAGCUUGAAAAGUUAUGCCAUAAUUCAAAUCUUACACUUCCUUUGAGAUUAAAGGCUAGUCUUCUGGAAUGUUUUGAUAGCAAGAACUCUAGCGUACUUUCAACUUGCUACGAGGAAAUCUUAAAGAAGGAUCCAACAUGUAGCCAGUCAUUAACAAGGCUCAUCACCAUGCAUAGAAAUGGGGAUUAUGGUCUUGAAACACUAUUGGAGAUGAUAGCUUCACAUAUUGAUGCAACCUUUCCAGGAUGUGAUGUAUGGGGGGAACUUGCAUCUUGUUUCCUUAACCUCUCACAAUAUGAAGAAGAUCGUUUAUCAAUAUGUGGGGAAAAUGGUGGAGAUAAGCAAGGGUAUUCUGCUUCUGUCACUGUUAUCCCUAGAGCAUUUUUGGAGGGAAAGUCCAGAACAUCGUGGAAUCUACGUUGCAAAUGGUGGUCAACACGCCACUUCAGUAAAAGCACCCUUAUUUCCAAAAUGCAAUCUGAUGAGUUGCAGCUCAUAAUGUUCAAGGCAGCCUGUGCAUCUCACCUCUAUGGACCCAAAUUUGAAUAUGUUGUCAGUGUUUAUACUUGUUUAGACAAGGAAGAAAACAAGGGCAGAGUGUUGUUCUUGCAAAAGCACAUGAUGAAUUCAUUCAAUCUCCAUGAAAAUUUGAAAAGAGCAAAUUGAAUGCUGGAACUGCUUUUCUCUACAAAUGAAGGAUUUCUACCAUUAUUAAUAAAUA